CUCACACUUUGCACAGUAGAGCACUUUCACUCUCGCUACGCGCUUCAUUGUCUUCACCAACUGAACGCAUUACUGCUGUGUCAACCCACUUGUUGACAUUUCAGCGAGUGGAAAGAUCCAACGAUACUCUGCUAGAAUGACUUCAGGGGGAAAUGUGACCUACUGCAGACUUGGGAACAAUGAAUCUGCAAACGUGUUGGUGAUCGUUUUCCUGACUAUCGAGACUCUGGUGGGGCUGCCAGGCAGCAUCCUCGCGCUGUGGAUCUUCUGCCGCCGUAUGAGGCUCUGGAAAUCCCACGUCACCUUCCUCUUUAAUCUCUGUCUGGCCGACUUCCUGCUCUUCCUCAGUGUGCCCUUCCGCAUCGACACCCACUUCCGAGGCGACGACUGGCAGUUCGGGCCGGUUUGGUGCCGCAUAAACCUGUACAUGCUGUCCGUCAAUCGAUCUGCCAGCAUUUCGUUCAUGACGGCAGUGGCAAUCGACCGCUACCUGAAGGUGGUCCAUCCGCAUCAUCCCAUCAGUCGACUGACCUCGACUCUGGCGCACAAGCUGUCAGCACUGAUAUGGCUCGUUGUGAUUUUAUAUCGUAUUCCGUUGUUGACGAUCAACCUCCUCCAUGAGGUGGAAGAGAAGAAAAUGUGUCGCAGCUUCCACUACUACGAAGACCUGCCAACGGCAAUGAAAAUGCACUAUGCAGCCUACGUCCUAGAGUUCUUCCUGCCUUUGUUAUUGCUCAUUUUCUGCUCCGUCAAGAUCGCCUGCCAAAUACGAAGGGUUCAAAUGGAGAAAGAGAGAGCACGGCGCGCCAUCCGAGCUGUAAUGGUCAUCAAUAUGGUGUUCAUCCUCUGCUUCAUGCCAGGCGUCGUCACAGGCCUGGUGGGGCUCUACAUAAAGAUGUUCCACCCAGAAGCGUGUGAAUCCUACAAGUUAUGGAUCAAUCUCUUCAUGGUGAGCAUUGGCUUCACCUACCUCAACAGCGCCUUGGACCCCGUCAUCUAUUUCUUCUCCAGCUCAGUGUUUCAUGACACUCUGAAGAACUCCUUCAAAUGCAAGAGGGGCAUCAGUGAAAACAGCACCCUAUAACCGCUGACAGCAAUAUUCCACAGAAACAGUCUUCUUCUUCUUCGUGGGAUUACAGAUCUGGAUGCAGGACGGAUACUGAAGAGCCACUUUUACACACAACUUACCCAUAAAAAAUACUUAAUUUAACAGAACAGAACAAAUACAACACAUUUCUUCCAGACCAGACCAGAACUUUUUCUUUAGUGCUGAUGUUUUACAGUGUGUCAUUGACUGGUGUAUAAUGUAGCAGCUUCCAAGCGUCUCGAUGCACUCUAAAACAUAUUAGUUGUUGUAAUUCUUGAAAAGGAUUUUAUCAGCAGUACAGACAGUUUUUCAACUGAUGAUCUUGUAAUAGUACAACGCAUAAAAUCCGCACUUACUUUUGAAAUUAAUGGUAUUUUAGAAAAAGCGUAUCUUGUAUUUCUUAAGGUGGAAUGAUGAGUAGUUAGUAGGUAACUACUUUAACCUGCUAAGACGGGAUGAAUUGAAAGUAUUCCCACCUUUUUGCUGGACAAUUUCCACAAAAAACUAUUAAUGCUGAAAUUCUUUGUUGGUAAGUCUAAGGAAAAAUACUCAGAAAACCAUUCAAUAUUGUUUUAUUUUCACUCUGCAUUUGUAAGACUUCAAAGUUUAGUCUGAUGCUUGGUUUUCCUGAAGAUUUUACAUGUUUUUCUAAAUAACCAAAUUAUCUAUUUCUACAUAUUUUGAAGCCAGUGACUAACUGUCAAUGCUUUACAUAUUUUAAUAAGACAUUAACCAAUAAAAAGGGUUGCUAAUCCACAAAAGUACAUUUGCUGAAGUUUAAAAAACUGCAGAAGUAAGACAGUUUGUGUCACAGCUUGUUGAUCUCAAUUGCUGCAGAAUGCUGCAAUUUUUGUAAUAACCGAUUUGCUUUUCGCUUGAAAGUUUUCCACAGCAAUUUUAUGAGACAUGCAACUCAAGAAAAUGUUGCUAACUGCUAGCCAAAGUGAGGCUAACUCUGAGACACCUUUUAAAAUUAAACCACUUUUAUAAUUUUCAUUAUAUUGUAUUUUUAUAAACUUUUAACUGGAUGACACAUUUGGGUAAGACAGUUAUUUAAUAAAUGUCUAUACUUAUAAACAGGAAGUCCAUAAUAUAUUAAUCACCUUACCUUUUUUUUAAACACAUGCUAAGCUACAUGUGCUAAUAAACUUGCUAACUUCUCACCAUAUUUAGCCAGAAAACUACCUAACACAAUAGUAAAUUCAUAUGUAACAAUAGAAGUAUAUUAAUUUUUCAGCAUUCCCAAAUUUUUUAUCACUAGAUUUCUAGUUUGUAUAAAAAACUAAUUGUUACGGGAGACAUGCUAACACUGUCUUAAUGUGAAUAACCAUAAAAAUACUAUUAAAAUAACUGUAUAAAGCAAGCAUGACUGUGGUUUAAAUGUCUGUCAAGCAGUGUUCAGAUGAACCACUAUGAAAACAUUUAUGAAAAUUGAGUUUUUGUUUUUUUAAAAUUUUAAAACUACAAUGAUGGUGCGAUGCCUCCAUCCUGGUUGCUGGAACAAUCUGGUCUUAUUUUCUUAUUUCUCUGUAUCCAAGUGUGUUAAAGGAGUUGUUUAGCACAGGUUAUAUUCUGACUACUCACUAACUACAAAUUUUCUUUGUAUGACCUGAUCUAACAGACAUGACUAGAAUAGCAAAGCUACAUGCUAGCUUUUCCUUGGCUAAUGCUUUUUUCCAGUUGUUUUUCUUUUCCUUUAGUCAACUAAAAUAGUUUACUGUACUAUUUUAGUUGACUGAAUUUCAUGAAACAAUUCUCCAAAAAUGUCUUUAAUCUCAAAUAAAAUAAAUAUAUAUUCAGACUGUAUCACAUUACAGAAAUAUAACAGUAUUAGGACCAUGCAAAUAAGAAAUAAAAUAAAAUUACAAGAAUAAACUUGUACAAGAAAAAAGUCAUAAUGUUAUGAGAAUGCAGUCAAUAUAAUAUGAGAAUAAAGUUGUAGUAUUAUGACUUACUUCCCAUGCAACUUUAUUGUAGUUGCAUGGGAUUUAUUCUUGUAAUAUAUAUAUGUAUUACAAGAAUAAAUCACUCAGUUAAAGAGUUUGAUCCACCACCACUAACAAAACAAUAAUUCAUGUUGAGUUAAGACGUUUAUCUCCGUCCAGACUACAAGUAUGCAGAAACAGCCUUUAAACAGGGAAGGGGUCAAACAAGAGGUCAAGUGUGUAGAAAAUAGUAAAUAAAUUAAAAAAAAACUUAAUUUGCACUUACUUGGCUUGCAGCAUUUAGUAUUUGCUUGCAGUCGUGUUUGAUUUAGAUUGUUUUUAAAGAAUAAAUGCAUCAAAAUGUACAUCUCUAUUUACUGUAUAUGUGCUGUUUGUUCUAACUUUCUGAGCCAAAAUAAAAUAAACACUGAAGUCGCUGAAAUGAUUCUUGAAUGUAAUGUUUUUAGAAAAAAAGAAAGAAUAUUAAGGACUAAUUUGUUUAUUUUUCUGGCAAUAAAACUGUGCAUUUAUGUUUAUUUUCAUCUACAGUAUGUCAAUGUUUCUUAACUGGCUUGUUGUGCAUUAUUCUGUUUAUCUCUUUGUUACGCACCAUUCCUCUGUAUGUUCACACCCAUGGUUACAUGUUGGAAAUUAAACAUGAUCACUGAAAUCUCA